GGAGUAGUUCGCCUUCUCGAAAUCACCUCUAAAUAGGAUACCGGGAAAAUGAAUUGAAAACAGCAUGAAUCUCUCCCACCAAAAUCAUGGCAUCUCUUCUUCUUGUUGUUAGGAGGCUCCAAUUCCACACAUUACGCCCAAUUUCAUGCACCUCUCUAAUAUCACGUUCCAUCCCUGCUAAACUUCCGCCUUUCUUCACACAAGCAUUUCAUCAAGCACCUUGCAAACGGUGCAAACACACUCCUCACGCCGGCAGCCUGCUCCAAACUCACAGCCAGUCAAUCUACAGAAUCACCGACUUCUUGGAAUACGCGCACGAAAUCCCUGAACGUGCUCAAUUAGGUCUCCCUGAAUUUCUUGAAAGAGUUCAGAAUGCAAAGGACAUUGCUUCUGGUGAUGAGGCCAUGGCUCUCCUUGACGAUUCUGGCGUCAAGCCUGACAAAGAUUUUAUCUUUUCGGCUAUCUGGGCUUUGAGGGAAGAGUGGAAGCUGGCAUUCUUGGUGUUCAAAUGGGGUAUGAAAUGGGAUUGUGUGGUUAACAAGAUUUGGUGUUUGAUGAUAUGGUUGUUGGGUAAUCACAGCAAGUUUAGCACUGCUUGGACUGUUGUUCACGAGCUCUAUCGGGGUUCGAAGGAUGCUCGACAGGCAAUCCUGAUCAUGAUCGACAGGUAUGCAGCUGCCAAUCAGCCCGACAAAGCCAUAGAGACGUUCCACUUUAUGCAGAAGUUCACUUUUUCUCUUGAACGGAAAACAUACUUCACAUUCCUCAAUAUUCUUUGCACACACGGAAACAUUGAAGAGGCUGAAGAGUUCAUGUUUCUGAACAAGAAGUUCUUCCCUUUGGAAACAGAGAGCUUCAACAUAAUUCUCUAUGGCUGGUGUAACAUAACCGUUGACAUAUACGAAGCCAAGAGGGUGUGGCGGGAAAUGUCCAAAUGCUGUAUUGAGCCAGACUGGACUUCCUAUAUACACAUGAUCUCCGGCUAUUCCAGAGUACACAAUCUAUACGAUUCAUUGAGGUUGUACGAUGAGAUGAAGAGAAGGGGUUGGGCUCCUGGAUUGGAGGUGUAUCAUUCAUUGAUUUAUGUGCUAACUCAUGAAAAUUGCCUUACUGAAGCUCUUAAACUUGUAGAUAGGAUGAAAGAAUCAGGUCCGGUGCCUGACUCGACCACAUAUAAUCUUAUCAUACGUCCUCUCUGUGAAAAUGCUAGAUUUGAGGAUGCAAGAAGUGUUUUAGCUAGGAUGUUAGGAGAUGGCAUCAGCCCUACUAUUGACACCUAUCACGAGCUAUUGAAGGGAGAGAAUUCAGAAGGGGCUCUGGGAGUGCUGGAUCGUAUGAAUAAAGCUGGUUUGGGUCCAAACCACGAUACCUUUACUUGUAUGCUUGAUGAGUAUUUCAAAUCAGGCGAACCUGAUGAUGCGUUAAAGAUAUGGUCUGCUAUGAAGGUAUAUGAAGUAAAGCCAGAUCGCUCGUUAUAUGGCAUUAUGGUUGAAGGAUUGACAAAGUGUGGAUUGACUGAUAAAGCUCGAGAGUUCUACUCGGAGAUGAAGUCUUCAGGACUAGAAAAUGAUCUAUCUCUUAGAAAGCUCGUGGAACAACCCAGUCCCGGUCAGUGUAAAGGAAAGAUGAAAGUUGUGAGACGUAUCAAGAGAUGCAAAGGUCUCAGACAUGGUGGAAGUAAAAAGAGAAACCAUAAUAAGCAAUGAGAACGUAAGGGAGAAAGUCGAAGUUUGUUUGAAGAUCGCCUUUUAUUGUAUGCCAGAAGGAAUCUGUUUGGAAAGCUUCUGAUUGUAAAAUGGAAGUGACAAAUGUCGCAAGCCACAAGAUCAUGCUCCGACCUGACCUGACCCGACCUGACCCUCUAAACUGGUAUUGUAGAUCAUGCUUAUACUUCAAUUUAUUCUCAAACUAUAUGCUUCCUUGAUUUGAUAUUCA